AUGAUCAGAAACUCUGGAAAUUUUGUAGAAGCUUAUUAUUAUUAUGAGAAUAAUAAUAUAUCAACUUACUCUACCUCUACUAUUGAUAGUGAUGACUAAACUGAAAGAAGAAGAAUGAAUUCUUCACCUACAUUAGCUGCUAUAAGUGGGUAGUAUCCUCUCAGCUACUUGCAAAUAUCUGAAAUUCAAGCCAAGAAUGCAUUAGAUUCUUCUGCAAGCAAUUACUAUAAUUAAUAGAUUAACAUUUCUUCUUUGAAUAAUAAUUGUGUUAAUUUUACAUAAAAUGAAAUUAGAAACAAUAACUUAUAGCAAUCUUUAAAAUUAGAUGAAGGCAAUGAUGGAUAAAAAUCUCCUGAUUCCAAUAAUGGUAAAAAGUAAACUGAUUAAACUAAAUAUAAAACUGAACUUUGCAACACAUUCACUAUAACUGGUCAUUGUGAUUAUGGCGCAAAGUGCAGAUUUGCUCAUGGUAAAGAUGAGCUUCAAAAGAAGCCAUCUAUAACUAAUAACAAUUUUAGAACUAAAUAUUGCAAGGCCUUCCAUGAAAAAAUGUAUUGUCCUUAUGGAUAGAGAUGCCACUUUUUACAUGAUGUUCGCUCUCUCAUUUAAAUUUAAAGCAAGAAAGUUUAUUAAAAAAAAUUAAUUUUAGAUUAAAGCUUAAUGCAAAAAAAUACUAAUUAAAAAUUAACUUCACGUUUACCUAUUUUCAAUUACAUUUGCUCAAGCAAUAAUUAAUUUAGUUGUUCAACAUCUAAAUGA